AUAACUCCGCCCUCAUGAGGAAAAAGCACCACGCCCCUACCUCGUUUCUAUGGGAACAGUAAACAUCAGCGGCGCUCAGUGUUACGCAGGGGACCAUUAUCGGGAGUGUGUGCAGGAAAAGAGGGCACCCGCAGAGAUCGGAACAUUGGAAGACAGUAUUCCCAGUAUGUCUCGGAAGGAUGGAAAUGUGCAAGUGCCAAUGGGCACUGGUUUUUGGACCAGCAGUAAGCCACCUCAGUACAGCAGAGAGACUCAAGAACUGCUCAAAGUAAUGAUGCAAGAAUCCAAGCUGACAAACCUCCAGCAGCGUCAGAUCAGAGAACAACUGCAAAAUGGCAGAGCACUCCCAAUCCAAUGUCACCCCAGUUCCAGAAAUACCCAAACUAAGCCCCCAGUGUCUGCACCACGGCCUGCAAAAGCCUCCAUUAUAAAGACAAGACCAAGCCUGCGUCCUGCCGAGAGCUGCCGAGCCGGUGAUGCCUACACCAGAGAAAAGUUUCAACCCAAAGCAACUAGAGACCUUAACAAAGAGAAAAGCCGACUUCAAAACCUUAUGGCUACAGGAAAGGAGCUGCCAGAUGUACCACAAGUGCCAGCACCACAGACUGAGGAAGAUUACAAGGAGGAGAGGGACAGAUUUGAUGAAUUGGUUGCAGAAAUCCAAGAAAGAUGGGAUUUCCUGGCAGAGAUGGAGGCUCUAGGACGAGGGAAGCAAUACUACAAUAUGAUCAAUACAGAGAUUUCCCAGAAGCUGAGAGAAAUGGAAAUAAUAGAUAAGCAGAGAAGCUCAGAAUUACGGGAAGCGCUUCAGCAGGCAGAAAAUAAGAUGUCCGGCUGAACGCCAUCUCUCCAUACAUGUUCAUGAACACCAUACUUCCACAAAUACACCAUGGCUAUUGUAUUGCUUAUUUAUUGGAA